AUGAGUGCGCGCACCUCCUCGUUCUCCUCCCAACAUCGGAGCAGACCGUCCUUGCCCGAACGACGACUUUCCCGCCGUCUCUCAUUACUAUCUAGCUCCGAGCAAGGCAGGAGCGAGGCUCCAGCAGACAACACCGAACAUGAACUCACAGAGGAGAUCGAGGAGAUUAAGAGAUAUGAGGACUUCACAACGAUAGAUUGGGUGCAAGAUGCGGCACGGGAGCAGCUAAGAAGAAGAGCUCGAAGGAAAGAGAAUGCAGGCUUCUUUGAGAGAGAUGGCUCUUUGGGCUGGCGGCGCAAAUUGCGGGACACUUACGAGGCAGGUCAGGCUUGGAUCGUUGUGACCUUGGUCGGCGCUGCGAUUGGACUCAAUGCCGGGUUCUUGAAUAUCGUUACAGAAUGGCUAUCAGACGUCAAGCUGGGAUACUGCUCGACUGCUUUCUAUCUGAACGAGGACUUCUGCUGCUGGGGCGCUGACACCUGUGACGAAUGGCAUACCUGGACACCACUAUGGCCAAUCAAUUACCUUCUCUAUUUGAUAUUUUCCAUCAUCUUUGCUCUUACAUCGGCUAGCCUGGUCAAAGCUUACGCACCUUAUGCUGCUGGAUCAGGUAUUUCGGAGAUCAAAUGUAUCAUCGCAGGAUUCGUAAUGAAAGGCUUCCUUGGGUUUUGGACCCUUUUGCUGAAAUCGAUUUGUCUGCCAAUAGCGAUUGCAUCAGGGCUGUCCGUUGGCAAAGAAGGUCCGAGUGUGCAUUAUGCUGUUUGUACCGGAAACGUCAUAUCAAGAUUCUUCGAUAAAUACAAGCGGAAUGCUUCCAAAACACGCGAAAUAUUCACUGCCUCUGCAGCAGCCGGUGUCGCAGUGGCAUUUGGCAGUCCCAUCGGCGGUGUACUAUUUUCGCUCGAGGAAAUGUCGUCUUAUUUUCCUCUGAAGACAAUGUGGCGAAGCUAUUUUUGUGCACUUGUAGCUACAGCUGUCCUCGCCGCCAUGAAUCCUUUCAGAACAGGCCAGCUAGUCAUGUUCGAAGUGAAAUACGACAAAUCGUGGCACUUCUUCGAAAUUCUCUUCUUUAUCAUAUUAGGUAUAUUUGGCGGCCUUUACGGUGCUUUUGUGAUGAAAUGGAACCUUCGAGCGCAGGCGUUUAGGAAGAAGUAUCUGGUCAAAUACGCAAUCUUAGAGGCCACUUUGUUGGCCGCUGGAACUGCUCUUGUCUGUUUCCCUAAUAUGUUUCUCAGAAUUGACAUGACCGAGGAGAUGGAAAAACUGUUUCAGGAAUGUGAAGGAGGACAUGACUAUGACGGUCUUUGCGAACCCAAAAAUCGUACAACGAUGGUCCUUUCUCUCCUCUUCGCGACGAUCAUGAGGACUUUCCUUGUGAUCAUUUCGUAUGGCUGUAAAGUGCCCGCAGGCAUAUUUGUACCGUCAAUGGCUAUUGGGGCAUCAUUUGGCCGAAUGGUCGGCAUACUAGUUCAAGCCCUACAUGAGGCCUUCCCUAACGCCAAAUUCUUCUCUGCCUGUGAGCCAGAUGUGGCAUGCAUCACCCCUGGCACUUACGCUUUCCUGGGAGCUGGUGCAGCUCUAAGUGGUAUCAUGCACAUAACGGUGUCUGUAGUUGUCAUUAUGUUCGAGCUGACCGGUGCAUUGACCUAUAUUCUACCAACGAUGAUAGUGGUGGGGGUCACCAAAGCUGUAAGUGAGCGCUUUGGUAAGGGUGGCAUCGCAGACCGCAUGAUUUGGUUCAACGGCUUCCCGUUCCUGGACAACAAAGAAGAGCACACUUUUGGCGUACCAGUGUCUCAGGUCAUGACCAGCAGUGUCACUUCUCUGCCAUCGACCGGUUUGAAUCUGCGUUCUCUUGAGCAUCUGCUCACGGAGAAUAAGUACCAGGGGUUUCCGGUCGUCGAAGAUGCGACCUCAAAAACCCUCAUUGGCUAUAUUGGUCGGACAGAGCUUCGCUAUGCCAUCGAUCGAGCUAAAAAGGAGGCUUUCAUCUCACCGAAUGCAAAGUGCUACUUUACACAGCCAGACUCAACAGCCACACAGACGCCAUCCGCCGCCGCCCCACCAGUCACUUUUGAAGCCAUCGAAUCUUCCUCAGGUCGGCAGACCGUCGAAUUUUCCCGUUUCAUUGAUCCCACGCCUCUGGCAGUCCAUCCGAGACUGCCCCUAGAGACCGUCAUGGAGCUUUUCAAAAAGAUGGGGCCUCGUGUAAUUGUCAUCGAGUAUCGUGGGCGUGUUGCAGGUCUCGUGACCGUGAAAGACUGCCUUAAAUUUCAAUUCAAGGUCGAAGCUCAAGAUACUGCUCACGAGAGUAUUGCUCAUCAAGAACGACAGGAGAAGCUUUGGGCUGUCAUUAACACGACAGCUGAUUGGGUUGCCGAGAAAGUCGCUCACUACUCUGGCGGCCGCGUUGAGCUCAAGGGUUCAAAUCGACAACCAAGUUUAUUGACAUCAGACAACAUUGAUCCACGUGAUCAAUUUUCACCCAUCGGACCACCUUCUCCCCAUGCCAUUUUGGAUGGUACUGAGGACAUUGAUAUUGGUGUAGAAUUGAGAGACCGGUGA